AUGUGCCGAUCACCCCUACAUGACUUCAUACAUGGCCUCCCCAAGUGCGAACACCAUGUCCAUCUUGAAGGCUGCCUCACUCCCGAACUGCUCUUCCAGUUAGCAGAGAAAAACAAAAUCGCACUGCCCGAUCCUGCAACCCACCCAGCAUAUGAAUCCGUGGACACCCUCAAUGCCCGCUAUGCCGAGUUCACGUCCCUAGACGACUUUCUAGACUUCUAUUUCAGGGCCAUGUCCGUUCUCCUGCACGAAUCCGACUUCGCCGAUCUCGCCUGGGCGUAUUUCCAGAAAGCCCACGCCGACGGCGUGCACCAUGCCGAGGUCUUCUUCGACCCGCAGGUCCACCACGACCGGGGCGUUGCGUACGAGACUCUCGUCUCUGGCGUGCUGACCGGGUGCCAGCGAGCCGAGAAGGAGCUCGGCCUGUCGACCCGGCUGAUUCCCUGCUUCGUGCGGCAUCUGCCGCUUGAGUCUGCAACGCGCUUGUACGACCAGGUCCUGGCGAGCAACCAUUUCGAGGACGGCGUGCUGCACGGCUUGGGCUGGUCGUCGACCGAGGUCGGGCCACCCAAGGAUAUGUUCCGGGAGAUCUAUGCGUCCGCGGCGACGAAGGGCAUCCAGCUGACGGCGCAUGCGGGCGAGGAGGGUGACUCGUCGUAUAUCAGCACUGCGCUGGAACUGGGGGCGCGGCGCAUCGACCAUGGCAUUCGGCUGGUGGAGGAUGCUGAGCUGAUGGCGCGUGUGGCGCGGGAGGGGAUCCUGCUCACAGUGUGCCCGUUGUCGAAUGUGCGAUUGCGGUGUGUUGAGUCGCUCGAACAGCUUCCUAUCCGGAAGUUCCUGGACGCUGGCGUGAAAUUCUCCAUUAACAGUGACGACCCGGCGUAUUUUGAGGGCUACAUUCUGGAUAACUACUGUGCUGUUCAAGAGGCGUUCCAGCUUUCUGUGGAGGAGUGGAGGACCAUUUCUGAGAACAGCGUCGAUGAGAGCUGGAUCGACGAUGCGAGGAAAGUCGAGCUACGUCGGCGGAUUGAUGAGCAUGUACAAAAGCAUGCUGCUAUUGUAUGA